UGGUUUUUUUUCUAAUAUGAGUGAAGGUUUCCUUUCCUAUGUUUAGUCGUACACGCGAAUCUAUGAAACGCCUUUUUUGUCAACUUUUUUUAUUUCAUUCUUCGGCGAGACCAAUUAACUUUUUAUCGGGAAUAUCUUUGUUCGUGUAGUGCUUUUCUGUUAUUUCAUCUGAAUGCCUUCAGCCCGUUAAAUUUUCUGUCAGUUGUAGCUAUAUUCACGACAAGUGUUUAACAUUACUGUUUAAAAAGAAAAUCUAUUUAAGUGACGAUGACAAGUGUGAAGGCUUGGCCACUGCUUCUACUGCAGGUUUCUCUAGUCUCUAUGGGGAAAGAUUGCCCGUUUCCUGUUUUGAAUGGCAAAAUUAUUUUGUCUUCGGAAUCCAGACAGAGGAAUAAGUUCCCAGAUAAUUCAAACGUGUUUGUGGAGUGUGUUAGAGGGCACGAGAUCGAGGAAGGUUCAAAUGUAAUCAUCUGCACGGAUGGGAAAUGGAGUGAUCCGGAAUUAAAAUGCAAAAAGAAAGACUGUGGAUUACCUAAAGUUUUACCACAUAUGACCUACUCCAUGCCAGAUGGAACGUUGUUUGGUGCCCGCAUAAAACCCAUAUGUGAGAGGGGAUAUGACCUGCAAGGAUCAAGUUACAUGCAUUGUCUUGCAUUUGGCUGGAGCGGAAGUCCUAAUUGUACUUUGAUAAUAUGUGAUGAGCCAGAUCCAAUUGAACAUGGAAAGUUCUCAAUGCCCAGGAACAUUAUUCAUUUUGAUGAUGUCAUUGAAUAUUCCUGCGACGAUAACUACACCCUCGUUGGAGACAGAUCUAUUACAUGUGGGCAAUAUGGGGAAUAUAGUUCACCACCUCCACAAUGCCAAGUCACCAUAACACCAACAACAGCAAGCACUACCACAAACAAAGCCACAACAACAGCCACAGCCACAACAACAGCUACAGCCACAACAACAGCUACAGACACAACAGCAUCUACAGACAAAACAACAGCUACAGCCACAACAACAGCUACAGACACAACAGCAUCUACAGACAAAACAACAGCUACAGACACAACAGCAUCUACAGACAAAACAACAGCUACAGCCACAACAGCAUCUACAGCCUCAGCCAAAACACAUUCAAAUGAAAGAACUGUAGAUGAGCUCUUCACUCCUUCACAGAUCCACACAGUCCUCAUAAUUUCCAUAUGUAUCAUAUGUAUCAUAUGUAUCAUAUGUAUCGUACGUUAUUACAAUAAACAGAGAGGUUCAUACAAUACUGGCGAAGGACUGAGGACAAAAGAAGAGUUAAUGCUAUAUCAAAGUCUGUAAAACCAAGGGCAAACAAUCGGACGGCUCCUUUGUUCUAGCGUUGUUCCUGCAAGUGGACUGCUUGAAGCUUUCAAAUUCAAUGUAUUUCAUAAACUAGAUGUUUUAUUUAUUUAUUGUUGCUAUAACAUGUUUUGCUUCCAGUUAUUGACAAAAACACAAGAUGGUAUUUUUGUAUAUUUUAAUAAAGAUUUUUAAAAUA